ACAUGCGCGUUGAAGAGAUUUAAGAAAACUACCAAGAAGUUUUGGCGAAACUUUCAUGCGUCGAUCCAAUCCUUGCGUGGGGGAAUUUGGGAUGGAAGUUUCGGUUAGAAGAAGAAGUGGUUUGAUUACAUUGAUUCACUCGUCUUUUAUUUUUCUAUGCUAGCUAGCUUCGAUCUUAUCAACUAGAAACCUGAAAACAAACAAACAACUUAAUCAAUAUUCAAGGCCCCGGCCAAUUGAAAUUUGAUUGAUUUGAUGAUAAAAUAUUCUAAUUACGACGAUGUUUGAUAUCAAUUAAACGAAAGUUAAUUCAACACCCCACUUAAUCUUUGAAAUAUAAUAUAUUAAAUUUCUCACUUUCGAUUUUACCAUGCAUCAUCAAAUUGUAAUUCUAACUACAAUGUCUGAAUCUUACUUCUUUUGUGAGUCAUUUUCAGAGAUAAUUUAGGUAAUUUUUUAAAUCUCUACUAUGAACUAUUAGUUUGGUGCGAUGAUGAUUAAUAAGAAAAAAAGUUUGGGGGCUGUAAUUGUAAACAUAUCUAAGUGUAGGGGCGAAAUAUAAUACUUUGUUCUUUUGUAAUGAUUAUUUUGCUCUUUUUCAUCUUUAAGCUCAAAGCCAAAAGAGCUCAACCGGAAAAUUUGUCUUCGCACCGACAAGCGACAACCACCUCGCUCCGUUUCCGUUUCCGUCUCCAUUUCCCCAGUUUCUUUCUCGCCAAAGGAUUCCCCUGUUUCCAAUUAAUUCCGAAACAUGAAAACCCACUACGCCGCCACCGCCACCUCUACCCUUCUCAUCCUUCUUCUCAAUGCAGUUGAUUUCCUCAGCACGGUGGGUCUGGCCAAUUACAGCAGCAUCAAUGGCGAUCACAAGAAAUACACCCAGUUCCUUCUCGCUAACGGCGUUGCUCGCACGCCGCCAAUGGGCUGGAAUAGCUGGAACCAUUUCCAGUGCAAUGUGGACGAGGGAAUGGUUAAAUCCACCGCUGAUGCGUUGGUUUCAACUGGUUUGGCUGCUCUUGGAUACAGAUAUGUCAACAUCGAUGAUUGCUGGGGUGAACUAGAAAGGGACAAAAAGGGUAACUUAAGGGCCAAAGCAUCCACUUUCCCUUCCGGGAUCAAGGCCCUAGCUGAUUAUGUGCAUGCCAAAGGCCUUAAACUUGGCAUAUAUUCUGAUGCAGGCUUCAGAACCUGUAGCAAGAAAAUGCCUGGCUCUCUUGAUUAUGAGGAGCAAGACGCGAGAACCUUUGCUGAAUGGGGGGUUGACUACUUGAAGUAUGAUAACUGCUACCAUGAUGGUUCCAAACCUCAUAUCAGGUAUGCAAAGAUGAGUUCUGCUUUGCUCAAGGUUGGCCGCCCCAUCCUUUACUCCAUAUGUGAAUGGGGACAAGAAGACCCUGCCAAAUGGGCUGGUCGAUAUGGUAAUGCUUGGAGGACCACCGGUGAUAUUAAUGACACCUGGGGAAGCAUUACAUCGAUUGCCGACCAAAACAACAUCUGGGGAAGAUAUGCUGGGCCUGGAAGAUGGAACGAUCCUGAUAUGUUGGAAGUGGGCAACGGAGCGAUGACCUUGGAGGAAUACCGGUCUCAUUUCAGUAUCUGGGCUCUAAUGAAAGCUCCACUGCUGAUUGGCUGCGAUGUACGAGCUGCUGGUACAAGUACACUGAGGAUUCUCGGAAACAAGGAGGUCAUCAAGGUGAAUCAAGACCCUCUGGGAGUUCAAGGCAGGAAAAUUAGAUCAAAUGCAGGCCUAGAGAUUUGGGCAGGGCCAUUGGCAGGGAAAAGGGCGGUGGUAGUUUUAUGGAACAGGAGUAAGUCUGAGGCUAGCAUCUCUGUUAGGUGGAAGGAAAUUGGCCUUUCUCCAAACACUCCUGUCAUUGUUAGGGACUUGUGGGCUCAUAAAUUUGUGUCAAUGGGUAAGCAAUAUGGAAUUACAGCGCGUGUGGCUCCCCAUGCUUGCAAGAUGUACAUCCUCAGCCCACCAAAGACCAAGUAAAGAAUGAACUCCUGCUCUCUGCCAUGUUUUGAAGCAGGCCAACAGAUGGCUGUUAGGCACAUUCCAUGCCAUCUGAAAUAUACAAAAAAAAUGUGAACUAAUUCGAUAGUUGUAUAUCUCUUGAUAGUCUGAUGUGCUUGAUCCCGAGACCUAACACAAGCAGGACAAGUCGUCACUUGGAUUGAAUCGGACGAACUAAUCGAUUCGGUCUCAAUUCUUAAACUCUUAAGAAUUAGGUUGGUUACACUGAUUCUCUGAAGAAAUGAAGACCAGAUCGAAGCAGAAUAGGUUGGCCCUAAUCGAAUCAAAUGUGCAUCGAUUCGACUCCACUAUGCUCACCUCUUUCUCUUUCUCUUGAUUCGAACCAUUAAAAGUACGUUAAAUUA